UGGCGCAUGCGCAUGUCGCUGAUUCGAAGCGGCUGCUGGCUGGAGUGCUGGCUGUGUCUGAGCCGCUCCUGUCACUCCCAGCUAAAGCUUCUUCAAUGAAUUGUGCCGACCGUAGUUUCUCCUUCUUAGCUCACUGCCAGUCGCGGAACUAAACUGACUGAAUGUUCUUCCUGUGAUUCAACCAGGAAACUGGGUCCUCUUCCUGGCUAACAAACCUGCACAUUACUGCCUGAAGUGUGUGGGAAGCACCAUGUGGAGGAAGGCUUCGGCAGCGCUCCUGCUGGCUUUGGCCGUCGGCUACUUCUACGGCGGCAGGCCGGAGCUGCCGGAGCAGAUCCUCCAGUACAUCGGCCUGCCCAACCUCCAGACGCCGUCGCCGAGCAACGAGGGCCUGGAGCGGGCCAUCUCCGCUGCCUGGGAGGCUCUGAUCGCUCUGCCGAGCAGGCAGUGGAGCAAGGUGGCAGUAGGGGUGAACGCCUGCGUCGACGUGGUCGUCAGCGGCGUGGGGCUGCUGCAGGCUCUGGCUGUGGAUCCCGGCGCCGGCCGGGAUCACGCAGUCCUGCGCUCGAAGGACGACCUGAGGGAAACCUUUGUCCACUACAUGGAGCGCGGCGCAGCGGCAGAGCGAUUCUUCAGCGACAAGGAAGUGUUUCAGAGAAUCGCUCGCGCAGCAGCAGAGUACCCUAGCGCGAAGCUGUACGUUGGAGGAAAUGCUGCCCUCAUCGGUCAGAAAUUUGCCACCUACCCGGAUCUGAUGGUUUUGUUGUGUGGGCCGGUCGGCCCUAAACUCCACGAGAUGCUGGAUGAGCAGAUCGUCGUUCCUCCAGAGUCUCUUCAGGAGACGGAUGAGUUUCACCUCAUCCUGGAGUACAAAGCAGGUGAACAGUGGGGCUCCACUCGGGCGCCACAAGCGAACCGCUUCAUCUUCUCUCACGACGUGUCCAACGGGGAGAUGAGCUCCCUGGAGACCUUCGUGGCGAGCCUGGAGGAGUUCCAGCCGGAGCUAGUCGUCCUGUCAGGGUUCCACAUGAUGGAGGGCCAGGGCAGGGAGCUGUGGGGGGAGCGACUGAAAGAGGCUGUAGCAACCAUAGCUGAUAUCCCAAGGGGCAUUCCCAUCCACCUGGAGCUGGCCAGCAUGACCGACAAAGACUUCAUGAGCCGGAUCAUGCAGGAGCAGGUCUUGCCCAUCGUCAGCUCCGUCGGCCUGAACGAGCAGGAGCUGCUCUUCCUGUCGCAGGCCGGGGACGGCCCGCACGCCGCUCUGCCCGCGUGGAAGGGCGUCCCCGACGUGGGGCGGGUCGGCGACAUCCUCUACUGGGUCCUGGAGCGGCACGGCCGCACCGAUCCGUCAUCGGAGUCCGACCUCACCCGCAUCCACUUUCACACUCUGGCCUAUCACAUUUUAGUCACAGUGGACGGCUACUGGGGGAACCAGGCGGCGGCGGUGAUGGCGGGAGCCCGGGUGGCCAGCAGCCAGGCCUGCGGCCUGCGGACCGUGGACGUCAGCAAGGUGGAGCUCAAGGCGCCGCUGGAGUUCCUCACCUCUCACUUAGAGCCGCGGGAGCGGCUGUCGCUGAAGCCGGAGGAGCCCGUUGCUGUGUGGCGGCGAGGGAACAUCACCUUCCACCUGACGCCUGUGCUAGUCUGCAAGAGACCCCUCCGGACAGUGGGGCUGGGCGACGCCAUCUCUGCGGAGGGACUAGUUUACUCCGAAUUAACGAGGCAGCAUCCGUUUUAGAGGCUCGACCACGCUAAUGCUAACAGGAGGAGCUAAAUACAACCGGGAAACUCUCUCACCUCAGAGCCAGAUUAGUGUCCCAAUUCAGGUUCCUUUUGCCCCAAAGAUCUGUUCUGUUUAAUUGAUCAGUGUGAAAUCCUCCCUGAUUAUGAUGAUGAUGAUGAUGAUGAUGUCGUCCCCCGACCUCCUUAAAGAGGCAGGCAGAACUGGAUCUCUAUGAGCCGCCACGCAGCCGGACUCGACGCACUGUGCACCGCUCCAAGCCAUCUCCCCAAACUCCAAAGAGUUUAACCGUCACAGCUAUGUUUUCUUUCACCUGCAUAUCUUCUAGUAUGCUGUGCCUUCAAUAUUAUUAAAUCCUUUAUUCAUAUUUUAUAGGAAAACGGUAUGAAACUCUAGGUUAGCGUUGCCUUUUUGACAGAGGUACUGCGUAAACUUGAAACUUUGUGGUGGAAAUCCAAUUGAGAAAUCCUUUUGGGUGCGUUCACAUCUAACGUAUACUUGAACGUUCGUCUUAUUCUGGUCAUCAACCAUUUCUGAGUGCUUGACUUCAACCAGUCUGACCAACUAGAUCAUUUUUCUAAUGGUUAGAUUAUAACGGGGUUCCUUUACGGUCUGGAAAAUUUUGAAAACGUAUAAAAUGUGCAAAUUUUCCAAGUGUAGAUAAUAAGGGAACAUUUUCUCUUCCAUGCUUUAUUCCUUGUUCUCUUACAGCUAAAGUAUGCAACUUUAAAAAAAAAAAAAGAAGUGUUUUACAUAUUUGCUAAAACUGUCACCAUGUGGUGACACUGUAAUAUGAGAUGGAUAAUAUAUGGAAGAAAAUUAUCUCCUGCCUGAGCUUUUAUUGUGAUCUGUAGAAAUGCACGACUCCCGUUCAAAAACAACCAAUCAGAGCCAGAAGGAGGGUCUUAGCGCUGUUAAUCAAGCCUAUGUAUUUGCCGAAUAUUCACUAAAUGGUGUAGAAACAACUUAUCUCCUGUCACAGCAGGCUGCUAACCAAUCCUAACCAGCACGAGCAUUCAUAACAGGCUAGCUGAAGCAUAGCAGGUUAGCAUGUGGCAAUCAUUCUCCACAAGGAGAAUGAUUGGCAUUUCUAAGGCCCGCCUCCUGGCUCUGAUUGGUUGUUUCUGAUUAGCACUGGAAGGAGGCAGAGGAGCUUAACAGUUUAAACAAAUGUGUAAAAAAUAUAUAUAUAUUUUUUUUUUUUAAUUAAAGUUACAUACUGCAGCUUUAACUAGAUAAUAAAGACAAAAAUAGAAAAGAUAGGCAUCAAAACUAUUUUUUUUUAAAUUUGUGUUAAGUUUAGGAUUUUACAGUCCAGAUCUUAUGGAUUUCGAAACAUUUCAAAGAAGUGAAAUAACCCUUUACUUCUUUUUCACCAUGUUCCGCAUUGUGUCGUGUCAUGCUUUUAUUUAACAUGCAGAUUACAGCAUCCAACUAGCUAAAUGUUCAGAAUCUGAUGCAGUUUGUGGGCAAAUCUUAAGACUUGCGUGGAGGUUUGAACUGGAAAACGGGUAGGAAUCCUGUUUUUUCUGUGUUUUCAUUGUUUGACCAAAACACUCCCUCUAUAGCAAAAAGAUCUGAGCUUUAUAGCUCGAUAGCAGUCUUUUUUUCUGUAGUACACUAGUAUAGCCAGAGAACAGCUGUUUUAAGUGUUUUUCUGAAGCGGGUUCUUCUUCCUUGGCCUAAAUAUCAGUCUAUAUGCCAAUGCCAGCUAAUUAAUGUGAAGGUUCUCAUAUGGAUAUUGGAUGUUAAGAUGGCGUGCAUUAACAAAUCACGACUCUUAUCAGAUACUUUGUGGUGUUGUCCUUUUCGCUAAGUGUGUUCCCUUUUUUGAUGACACAGUUAUAAAACAUGAUUUAUGAAAAAAAAAUGCUAUUCUUACUCAAGAAGACUCAUGUUAGGCAUACACAACACUCCAUUUGUUUACCUGAGACUGCCUCCGAAGGCAUGCAAUAAUCAUAGUCUUAAUGCAAACCUGUCAUGAAAAAGUUCACGCAGCGUUUUAGUUCGGAAAAGGGGAUUCUUUGCACUAGUAAAGGUAGGUGGCGGGAGAGCCUGCGGAGGUGAAUGUAACCUUAACCUCCCAUUUUUUUUAUUAUUAGCUGUAUUUUUGCAAGCACAAUCUGUUCCUCCUUACUUAUUUUGUUGUCAGUGUCAUGUUUCAUUCCCUUGUAGGUUGUCAUUAAAAUGUGGAUGGAGGAAAA